GUCAUWAAAAGUCAUUUUUAACAAGUUACAAUGUCGGUGGAAAUUUUUCAGGAACCAUCAUCAUCAUCAUCAAUCAGUAUCAAUUCUAAAUCACAUAAAAGUAUCGACAUCGAAUUUGAUAUUGACAGUUUGCCAACCAGAUUAGAGGUUAACGAUGUGAGAAUAACUCCACCUUGUAUGCAUUUCGACAAUGCUUAUGAAGGCAAAAGAUAUAAAAACAAAAUGGUGAUACAAAACUGCGGCAAACAUUUGGUUUUUGUUAGAUUAUGUGAACCCAACUCUAAGACUUUUGAAUUCAAAUCAUUUCCUAGAGGUCUGUACUUAAGCCCUGGAAUGAGAAUCGUAAGAACAGUUAAAUUCACCUACAAGGCCACUUUAGGAGUGAAGCGUGGUUUUGUCACAAUUUGUGUUAACGACAAAGAAGUGGAUUAUUAUUUCGUUGUGACAUUGUCUUGUGCCGUUCUUACUAUAGAACCCAAACUGUUAGAUUUUGGCCGCAUAGAUGCUGUAAAUCACGCCACGACUCGCUCUUUUUUUAUUAUAAACUCCGGAUAUAGAGAUACUCAGUUUGCCAUAGACUUGGGCCGAAAUCCUUUGGAACUUACAGUGGAACCCAUGAAAGGAACCGUGGCUGCCAAAACCUCAGUUGAAAUAAGCGUGGAAGUAGUCGGUUCGCGCGAAGGCGAAUUUAUGGAAGAGUUUUGGGUGAAAGCCAACCCUCCACAACGAGUCGUAAUUUCCGGAACCUUUAUUUCGCCAAAACUUCUCGUUCGGAAGUUUAUUAACAGUCUUGACUUUACUUUGGUCGACUUUCCACCGACAUAUUACGGCUCUUCUUCGACUCAACCACUUCUCAUCAAAAAUUUCAGUUCAUCUCAUUCCAUGUUCUGCGUCAUGGCCGAAAUCAAGGGUACUACAAUGACACUGGACGAAGCAAGAAAAAUCGACGAUAACUAUCAGAAUUUUCUCAUAAAGCCGGUUGACGGACGUUUGGCCGCUUUACGAGGCGCUGUGUUACAAAUUACAUUUGCUCCUGUGGUGUCGCGAAAAAGAGAGAAGAAUUAUUCUGCUGGUUUUUUAAAAAUCAUUAGAAUGGACUGUAGAGACGUUGGUCAUAAUGAAAUUACACACAGAAACAACUCAACAAGCUACGCUACUUUAACAGAAAGUUCAAUUGCUUUAACUACGAAUGAUAUUCUUAUUGAAGAUCCUAAUGGCAGUUACUCUAGUAUCGCCUAUGAUGACGAACUAGCUUCAGAAACAUUGAGUUUUGAACAUUCGAUAGGUGUUUGCAUUCAUGGGGAGAAAGAACGUGCAGGGGUCACUCUAAGACCAACUUUUAUCACUUUGAAUGAGUUAACAUUAGAGAAAGAGUAUCAUCGUGUUUUAUUCAUACAAAACCAGUCAUCGCAUCUACCAAUCAGAGUUAAAUAUAAUAAAAUUGUGUCGAUUGAUAUUAGACCAAAUCAGUUUGAUCUGGCACCAGAUGGAAGUCUUGAAGUUCUUCUAAUAAUUAGGGCUUUAAAGUUGGGUCAAGUUACUAAAAAAGUCACUUUUGAUUUGUUGAGUAAAGCUGCUCCUGAUGAUAAACACGUGAUGAGGAAAGUCGGAAUAGCGAUUUUUAGAAUAUAUAUGGAUAUUAAAAAUAUGGAAAAGAAGGAAACUUUGGGGCAGUGCAUGGAAUGUGUGGCUUAUCACGAUUUAGCAGACAAACUCGCACCUGACUUCCCCUAUCGCUUAAGUCCUAAAGAAAUGGCCAUAAAACUUGAAAACGAAAAAUUCUACAUCGACUACAUCCGAACUUUGUGCAAGCCUCCACCCYCCGAAAAUGAAGAUUUGAGAGACUACGCCCUCACCAAGUACAAACUUUUAUUGCGUCAAAAUGUCAAAUGUCAAGAUCCUGAACCUAGACCCAAAAAAAUCAUUUCAUACACUCCCUUUAUCCCCCUUCUUCCACGACUUUUAUAUAACAUCAAAAUUAUACCAAAAUCAAUUAAACUUCGCAAAGUCGCAGCUUUUACAACAAUCACCGAUCAUUUCCAAAUCGAAAACUUGAAUACUUUUCCAAUUCGAGUGUUCCUUCAAGCCAACAAGUCUUGUAUAGUUUUUGAAAAUAACGCGAGGCAUAUUAUUCAAAGUUGUGAGAAGAAGAAAAUUCCUUUCACGUUCAGUACUUGCAGUAUUGGACGGUACUAUGUCAAUAUUAAUGUUUUGGUGAACGAUAGUACCUUAUAUGAGGUGACAGCCGUGGCUCAAGUCGUUCCAAAAACAUUAAAAUUGGAGCCAAAUCAUAUCGACUUUUAUGAAUACGACGGUCAUUACAAGUUUUUUAAAUUGAUGAAUGGUCUUAACACUUUUACAAGCUUUGACUGGGAAGUACCUGAGAGCUGUUUUAAAAUCUACCCUUCGUUUGGAGGAAUCAAAGCCGAAAGUUACAUCAUUUGCAUGAUAACAUACACUCCAGAUGUGACCGAAGAAAAUGCCAGUGAGUGUGUUUUAACGUCGGAAAGUGGACAAAAACGUAUCCUCCAAGUGUCUUAUAAGAAGCGCAAAUACGCAGUUGUGUUUGACACAUAUGAAAUUGAUAUCGGUUUGAUUUCUUUGAAUGUUCCAGUCAGGAGAAAACUAAUUUUGAAAAACUUGAAAAAUAUCCAGACAUUAUAUAGCAUUCCGGGUGGGAUUCCAGUACCCGGGGUCACAAUUGAGCCACAAGGUGGUAUAUUAGACGGGUUAGCUAGUCAAGUGUUUAUUAUCACAGUUCUUAUCAAUGCGGUUGUGGAGUUCUCAACUGAGAUUAUAUUUCAUAUUGGGGAGCAUGAUGAAGUUCCGAUUGUGUUUAAGGGAAGUGUGGACUUUCCGAAGUUUAGUUUCAAUCCGGAUAUUAUGUAUUUCCGAAAAAUUGCACCCUUUGGUUUUGAUACUUUGGCUUUCGUCGUCCAGAAUUUGUCCAAGACUACUAACUACUUGACGUUCCCGUGUGAUGAAUUUCCRGAAUUUACUGUGACUGAUAAUGAAAAUGAACAGUUUCCUCAUAUUGACAAGGUUGUGUUACAAGCAAGUCAAGGCAAAGUUUUAUAUUUACACUUCCAUCCAAACUAUAUCAGCACUUAUUCUCUUUUCUUGCCAUACAAAAUUAAUGGUAUUCUUGGACCUGUUAAUAUUAAUAGCAAUGCAACGGCUAAUACAAAUUUUUUCCUGAAAGACUUUACUGCAAAGUAUGAAAAUAACUAUAGUAURAAUAUUUUGACGCGGUAUCCCAAAGUCUUACCUUUGGUACGGAUUACGUCCUGUGCUAUUGACAAAACUUUGGAAUUUUCAAGYCUCAGUAUUAACUUUGUAUACUUUGAUGAAGAUCACUACAAUAACGUCACAAGUACUGAUUUUGAAAUUACUAACACUAGUGAUGACAUUGCUGCGGUCUGUAUUCGUCUUGACGAUCUCGACYACCCUUUUUCGCUGCAACCAAAGAAUAGUUCAGUCGUAGAAUAUUAUGGAAUCUCUUAUAAAAUCGUCUUAGAACCCGGUGAAAAAGUAACAUUUUUGGCUCAGUUUUUUCCGUCCGAUGUUGGCGAAUACGUGGUCAAACUUCCACUUUUUCUUCGAAAUUAUUUCGAUGAUAAGAUUUUUAAUUAUUUGACUUUGAAAGGAGUUUAUGAUAUUCCAACCAUUACUUCGUCUAUUGACUGCAUUGAUUUAGAACCGGUUCCUGUGAAGUUAGUUAGUGAAUUUCGUUUAAAGUUGCACAUGAACAACCAUUUUGAAAACUGUGAAGUUACUAGUGACACAGAAAUAAUCGGAUUGCAUACCAUGUUCGAAAAAGGGAGGACUCCAGAAAAAGGCGAAUCGGUUUUACCAGUCAACCUUGUUUAUGAUUGUACAAAAGAGACUUGUUUUAAUUCGAAAUUGGUUUUCUUUUGCACUUGUAAUUCAAGAUGUGAGAUCACUGUGACUGGAGUUACCGAAAAUAAUCUUUUGACGACUCAUGCUUAUUCUCACAUGUUGAAAAAAUCAGGAAGUACUGACGGAAGUUCAAAUUUGCAAUAUUCUAGUAAAUCAUCGACCACAUAUUUAAGACCGGAGUAUAUCGACAUGUUGACUAAUAAAAACGUUACUUCUUAUCCACUUUUCCCCAGCGAUGACGAAAAAUCUGAUUAUGCAGACUAUAUGAGAAAGUUGCAAAAAACUCUCGAAAAUUGGCUUUUCAGUCAGGUGUUUCACUUGAAGUGUUAUUAUAAAAUUCCGGAUGGUUUUUCUGAUUUUUGUAAAGUCGACGCAGGUCGGAAAAAAGCAAGAUUUGGGGGAAUAAAAAGAACAAAGAUAAUCGUACUUCCUUUAUUACAACUCAUUGGUAAUGUUUGUGGUCAAGAAGUUAAACAACGACUCUCUGCUAAAUUUCCUACCGAAAACACGGACAUGCAAUGGCUAGUCUAUACUUACAGAACAAAUUCAAAUAUUUUGCACUACCUUCGAGGUUUUCCCGUUCAUUUGCCACACGUCUCUUCUAAACUACUUCUUAAUUAUGACCAGUAUAUCCAAUAUGAGAGUACCAAACACCCAGAACGGACUCGAAUGGAUGAAAAAAUUUUCAAUCGUCGAUCGAAACAAUGUUGGAUCGAUCUAAUCCUUCAAAUUAUCAAAACGUUAUUUUUGUUUCGUACCGUGGAAUUACCAUUUAGUGACAGCGAGAGCUCGGAAUCAGAUUUCAGAUUUAAAGAUAAACAAUCGUUGACACAGUUUUCACGUCAAUCGACUGAAGACAAGGGAGAAUAUGUUCUAGACGUGGGGAUUUACGGUCCUCACGAAAAGGAAUUGAUUUGCUGGCUUCAAAAAUGUUACGAUGAGGAAAAAAAAAAUUUAUGGCCGAAUGCACCACCAGACCCUAAAGAACUUCUGUUCCUAGAUAUAGAUUUGCGGGAUGGUCUUGUUUUAGGGGCUGUAACUGCGUAUUAUUGUCCUUAUAUCAAAUCUUUGAUUAAUGAUAUGUACACGAGGCCAUACAAUCCGGAAGAAGUCCAUCACAAUACUUGCGUUCUAGUUAAAGCUUGGAAAAAGCUUAAAUUGAGUUAUGUUAUUUCGCCUCUUACGCUCCAACAUUGUGGUAUGGUUGAAAUGUUACUUUUAGCCAAUUAUUUAUAUGUAGUUUUGCCGAAUUAUUACCCCAAAGAAGUAAUUACGAUUUCAGCACCGUUGACCCAAGGCGGUUCGGCUUCAAUUGAAGUUGAAAACGCGGGUGACGACGAUAUUGUCUACCAUGUUGUAUUUUUUGAAAACCCGAACCGUUUAUUUUCGACGAAUGUUGAACUCCUUAGACUCCAACCAGGCGAAAAGAAAACUGUCAAAAUUCGCUAUCAUGCCAAAAGUGUAUUAAACACAGCCACCACCCUAUUGUUUUCUGGGGAAACUCCAGGAAAUAAAUAUGGGAAAAGUGUUGCUGUUACAGUUGUGGGUGAAGCUGAUGUGUCGUCCGUUUGCAUGGAAAUUCCUCUAACUGUGAAUUUAUACCAACCUUGUAAAGUCACUUUGAGCACACAAUCACCAUUUAAAAUCAAAACGGAUUAUGAACUUUUAUUUGGCUACCAACCAGUCAGCAAAGAAAAAAAUGCUUUAUUCCCUUGGGAAGAAAUCAAGCAAUUGAAAACGGUCAAAGAAUUUGUUAUUCCAGAUGAAAUGUGUCAGUUUGAUGAAGAUGGGAAGUGUACGUCAUCGCCUCUUAUUUGUUGCCAUCAAAUCGGUCCAAGAGACUUGUGGUUUUACUUCACGAAUCCGGAGGUGGGUGAUUGGGGGAUAAAAAUGACUUUAACCGGAAAAAUACACUCAGGAUGUUUCGAAGAAUUGAAUUUGAACUUGCCGGAUAAUUACGAUCAUUUGGUUUGUAGAUGCAAACCUAAACCUUCCGUCCACUUAAAUUGUCCUUUGGUAAUGUACCUCAAAAUACCCAUGAUAAACACCCCCUUGUGGAACUCCCGGAAGAAAAUGUUACUCAAUUACGUGCGAGGAGAGGAGUUGAAAUUUUGGUCAAAAAGAAUUUUUACUCCAACUGGAACAAGGAUUAUGACGUUGAUUCUUAAUUCGGAGACUCAUCAAAUGAAACAAGUGAUUGAAGAAACGGUUCAGUAUAGAGUAAUUCUUGAUAAACCGAACUGUUUUAUUACACUACGUGAUGUUAUUUUUGAUGAUGUUACUUCGGAAGACUUUUACAGAUUGCCUAUUCAUCCGAUAAAAAACUUAAAAAGUGUUAAAACGUGUAGAAUGAGGUUGGAAUCAGAGGAUAAAACUGAAACAAGAUUUUAUAAGAUAUCUUUUAAUUUUACUGAAUACGAGAAAACUGUAACAGAGACCGAAUAUGAGGAAUAA